GGAGCCGGGGCUGCGCGCGGCGCGGGCUCCAGGUGAGCGCGGCUCUCGGAGGAGCUGUCCACGGUCGAAGCUGGAUCCAGGCAGCAUCCCGUGCGCGGACCGCCGAGCCCUCACCGCGGGAUCGUCAGCCACCACACCAGUGGGAUGCCUCCUGCUUUUGUCCUGGAGUUCACCUCUGUGGCUUGGAUUUAUCUCAGGAACAUUUGUCUUCAGUCCCUGUGUUAAUUAGAAAUCAAGCAUGAGGAGAUUUGUCUACUGCAAGGUGGUUCUGGCCACUUCGCUCAUGUGGGUCCUUGUCGAUGUCUUCUUACUCCUGUACUUCAGCGAGUGUAACAAAUGUGAUGACAAGAAGGAGAGAUCCCUGCUGCCUGCACUGAGGGCUGUUAUUUCAAGAAACCAAGAAGGUCCUGGAGAAAUGGGAAAGGCUGUGCUUAUUCCAAAAGAUGACCAAGAGAAGAUGAAAGAGUUGUUUAAAAUCAAUCAGUUUAACCUCAUGGCCAGUGAUUUGAUUGCCCUUAACCGAAGUCUGCCGGAUGUGAGAUUAGAAGGAUGCAAGACGAAAGUCUACCCUGAUGAACUUCCAAACACAAGUGUAGUCAUUGUGUUCCAUAAUGAAGCGUGGAGUACACUACUUAGAACUGUCUAUAGUGUCAUAAAUCGCUCCCCGCACUACCUGCUCUCUGAGGUCAUCUUGGUCGAUGAUGCCAGUGAAAGAGAUUUUCUCAAGUUGACAUUAGAGAACUACGUGAAAACUUUAGAAGUGCCAGUAAAAAUUAUCAGGAUGGAAGAGCGCUCUGGAUUAAUACGUGCCCGUCUCCGAGGAGCAGCUGCUUCAAAAGGACAGGUCAUAACUUUUCUGGAUGCACACUGUGAGUGUACCUUAGGAUGGCUGGAGCCCUUGCUGGCAAGAAUAAAGGAAGACAGGAAAACAGUUGUGUGCCCUAUCAUUGAUGUUAUUAGCGAUGAUACCUUUGAAUACAUGGCUGGCUCAGACAUGACUUAUGGUGGUUUUAACUGGAAGCUAAAUUUCCGAUGGUAUCCUGUUCCUCAAAGAGAAAUGGAUAGGAGAAAAGGAGACAGGACAUUACCUGUCAGGACCCCUACUAUGGCUGGUGGCCUAUUUUCUAUUGACAGAAACUACUUUGAAGAGAUAGGAACUUACGAUGCAGGAAUGGAUAUCUGGGGUGGAGAGAAUCUUGAAAUGUCUUUUAGGAUCUGGCAAUGCGGAGGUGCUUUGGAGAUUGUGACUUGCUCCCAUGUUGGUCAUGUUUUUCGAAAGGCAACUCCAUAUACAUUCCCUGGUGGCACUGGCCAUGUAAUUAACAAGAACAACAGAAGAUUGGCAGAAGUUUGGAUGGAUGAAUUUAAAGAUUUCUUCUAUAUCAUAUCCCCAGGUGUUGUCAAAGUGGAUUAUGGAGAUGUGUCAGUCAGAAAAACACUAAGAGAAAAUCUGAAGUGUAAGCCUUUUUCUUGGUACCUAGAAAACAUCUAUCCGGACUCCCAGAUCCCAAGACGUUAUUACUCACUUGGUGAGAUAAGAAAUGUUGAGACCAAUCAAUGCUUAGACAACAUGGGCCGCAAAGAAAAUGAAAAAGUGGGUAUAUUCAACUGCCACGGCAUGGGAGGUAACCAGGUGUUUUCUUAUACCGCUGACAAAGAAAUACGAACUGAUGACUUGUGUCUGGAUGUGUCAAGACUCAAUGGACCUGUAAUCAUGCUGAAAUGCCACCAUAUGAGAGGAAAUCAGCUAUGGGAAUAUGACGCUGAGAGACUCACUUUAAGACAUGCUAACAGCAACCAAUGUCUUGACGAACCUUCUGAAGAAGACAAAAUGGUGCCUACCAUGCAGGACUGCAGUGGCAGCAAAUCCCAACAAUGGCUGCUGAGGAACAUGACCUUGGGGACAUGAAGAACAUUCCCCCCAAGAAAUGAAAGUCUCUGUACUUUUGUUUAUCCAUUAUUUCAGUUUGGUGAAAAUAUUAACUUUGCUGAAUUAAAAGUUUUAAAAAUACUUUUAGUAUUCUAAAACACGGUUGUUUAUAAUUCAUUUUUAGGAAUGUUUAUUUCCCUACUAAAAUUUGUAUAUGAUUGAAAAAGCACAUAAAAUAUAAAUAAUAAGAAACUGUUAUUAAACAUUUGAACUGUUUGGGAAAAAUACACUUUGUGUUUGCUUUUAAAAUGUCUUUAUUAGCCUUUUGUCACAUGGUUACCUGGGAUUGGUUUAUUUUGUGUUAUAUUAUGAGUAAAAGAGAGAACAUGUAAUGCCUUAUACAAUAUCUUAAUUAUGAAAUAUUAUCACUGCUUUAUAAAACCCUCUUUUUGUAAAGGCUUCAAUGAACCCUCGUUGAUUUCUAUAUCAAUAAUUAGAACACAUAUGAAAUGAUUGACGGCACUGAAUUCAUCAAACAAAAUGAAUGCUACCAGGAAAAAAAAUUAAGCUAAUUACUGAAACUGUAAAAUAUACAGUUACCAUAAAAAAUUAAGAAGAGAACUUAAAAAUAAUAAAUUUUAGUCAAAUGAUGUAAGGGGUGAGUCGGAUAUCGAGAAGGACAAGAGCUGUGUGAACUCCAAGAAUUGCUGUGAGGUAGUCUUCACUCUUGGCAUAAGCUGAGAAUGCUCUUGCUCUGAGAUCAAGAACCCUAUGUCCAGUUGUGUUCUGUCUCCAUCUGGAGAGUGUACCUCCAUAAGCUGUGUCCUUGCCCUACACUCUAGAGUCUGUGGUUUGUCAUAGCCUACAGAAAUGUAGGGGAAGGCUGACCUUUUAUAGUUAAUUUUUAAACUAUGGUUGAUCAUUUUUAGUUCAGUGAAUGUUGUCGUUGGUACUUUUGCGUUUUAUAAGAAGUAUGGCAUUAUCGUAAUUCAUUGUCAUUUUAUAAAAUCUAGCAUUGAUCUAUGGGAAACAAAAUUCAAGAGAAUUCAUUAUAGUGAUAUUAAUUAAAUGACUAGUCAUGAUUUGGCAUAAACUGUGGCUCGUUCAUAAUUAGGACAACUUCAUAUGUCAUUUCCACUUAAAACUCCUAUGUUCACAGUGUAUAUGCUGAAGAUAUGAAAAUAAGAAAAAAACAUACCAAUCGAUGGGAUAUUAGUAAGAUUUUAUAUUUGCUACCAUUUUAAGUGGUCAGAUAGUUGGCGUGUAUGUAUAUUUUAUUUGUAUAUAUAGCAGCUGGAUGAAAUCUAUUGGGGGUCAAGAUAGAAGAUUCUCAGGAGUAGAAAGUCCAUUCUUUUGGCCUUUAAUUUUAAAAGAUCUUCUAGAAAAAGAAUUAGUUUACUACACCUACUUUCUCUCUCCACCUCCUUUCUCUAUCUCCAUCUUUCCCUCUCUUUAUCUCUUUCUUUGUCUUUCCAUGUCUCUCUGUCACACACACACACUCACACACACAACUUUGGAAUAAUAACUUCUUUCAAGGCCCCUCCCCCAACAUCUGAAUUUACUUUCCUAUCUGGGCUUGGUACUGCUAGAAUUCAGAAAAAUUCCAACUUGGGAUGUUUCAAGCUUGCAGCUUAAAGCUCAAGCAUACUUUAAUAGCAAAACUUCAGGAAAUUCUUAGAUUUCCCAAAAUUUUAGGCAAAAGAAUGAAUAUCAGGCCUUUUAUUCCAAGGAUAGAUGUAAUUCAUACCAUAUCUAACAGGAACCCAUGGCUCUCAAGAGAUAAUCUUAAACUGAUUGUGGCCACUCAAGUCAACUAAAGGUUGACAACAAGCACAUUUUCAUUUUUUACUCUUUUCUCCUCCAUUUUAUUUUUGUCCUGAAUCAAGUAGCAUGAAGCAUCCUUCUGUACAAUUUUUCUGAAAUUAAAAAACUGUAUAUUCUCAAGGAUUUGUUAUAUAACAUCCACAGGCACUCAAAACACCUACAAUGAGUGGUCAGUAACUUUCUGAAAAACAUGAUUUCUUAAUAGGAGCUGAAUUUGAAGCAUUCCAGCAGCAUUUUAUGCAAAUAAAACUUGGUCACAGUGAAAACACAUGAGAAACCUCUCAAAGAUUCAUUAGGUAAUUUGGAUAUAUGCAAAAAUGUGUCAAAAAAAUAGGUGUUGGGGGGCAAAACAAUACAAAACAUUAAAACUAGAAAGCAGAGUUAAAAUUUUCAAAACUAUUUGCCUUACGUAAAGAAAAUUAAAGCCUUGAUUGGCACCACAGUGAGUUUAUCAUACACACACACACACAAACACACACACACACUGACACACACAUUUGAGCCAGGCUAAUAGAUUUUUCGAACUGCUUUGGUCUCUGGUCUUCCUCAUCAGAGGAAAAGAAAAUGCAUGUUUUGGCUUCAGGAUGCCCAAGUCAAAGAUUUCUCACUCUGUUGGUAAAGUGCUUGCCCCUCACCCAAGAGCACCUGAGCCUGAUUCCGAGCACCCAUAUUUUUUUUAAAAAGCACAUAACUGCUGUAUGUGGUGGCAUGUGCUUUUAAUCCCAACCCUGGGGAGGUGAAGACAGGUGGGCCCCUGGAGUUUCCUAGCCGGCCAGCUUAUCCUGAUUGAUGAUCUCCAGGCCAAAUGAGCUGAGAGCGUGUUUCUCUAAAACCAAGUGGUGAUGCCCGAGAAUGACCUGUGUCCUCCACACUUGCCCUCACACUAACAGCUGUGUCUCCUGUAAACACACAUAUACACACAUAAAAUAUCUAGACACUUCUUUAUUUUUAUUGUUUUUUUUUUAUUAAUUACAAUUUUUUCACUUUCUAUCUCAGAUGUAGCCCCCUCUCAGUCCCACCCUCCCUUCCUCUUCUCCUCUAUGACCCUCCCCAAGUCCACUGAUAGGGGUGGUCCUCCUCCCCUUCCAUCUGACCCUAGCCUAGCAGGUCUCAUCAGGACUGGGGGCAUUGUCCUCCUCUGUGGCCUGGUAAGGCUGCUCCUCCCUCGGGGAGGCGGUAGUCAAAGAGCCAGCCAUUAAAGUCACUUUUGACAUUUUUUUUUUCUUUCAAACUUUUCAAGCCUGUCCUAACUGUGGCUCACAGGCCUCAUAAAAUUGCCUGCAGAGUUAACUAGGAUCUUGGCCAAACACAAAAUUCAAACUUGUUAAUUUUACUUUUCGAGGUUCACAGUUUUUUAUAUAGAAUCACAUUGUUACCAAAUGUUGAUUUUGUAGAUGGCAACGUUGUUGCAAUACCCAGCUUGCCCCCACAUCUACUAUUUGUUACGUCUUAUGCAUACAAAUAUGAUUCACUAUUUUUCCAAGUCUUACCCAAUACUUCCCUUGUUUUCUUAAUUCAGCCGUCACACAGAUAAUGUUAAAUAAGAAUUUUUAUAUUUCUGUGAACAUUAUCUUCCAAUUAAUCCUCAACUCAUCUCGUAGAUCUCGUGUCUUUAUACAUAGACAAAUACACUACAGAAACAUAUGUACACAGAUCCUUUGCAUAUGGAUAUGUGCACACAAUAGACACUUCUAUGUCUCUUUUCUCUAACCAUUUGCAUCUCAUUAUGUUUUCCCGGCUGCCAAGAAAGUUUCUGCCUUAGUGUUGGUUCUGUCUGUCGCUUAGAUGUCAUUCACUUCAUUUCAAACUUUCCCUCUUCGGUACAGCAAGCUCUUGUCCUGCCUACAAUCUCUAGCUUCUGUUCCUCUGCCCAACCAUAAGUCUACUCUUUUAUUUAUCUCCAUUCCUGCCAGUCUCGUGUUCCGUCACAUACUAGGGAAUGCAAUUUCAUUCCUUUAGGUUUUGCUUUUGUGCCAGGCCCACAUCUCUGUUAGGUAAGCACUCUACCAUCGUUCUACUUGCCCAUUCAUGUAAAUCCUUUUUAAGGCAGGGUCUGUAUUAGUUUUGUCCAUUGGCUAUGUUCUGUUUCUAGGGUUAUCUCUUGGCUUAUGUAAGCACACUUCUUGGACUAAUGAACUUAGUAGUGUGUUAAAGUAGUUAAGCUGCACUGUGUCAUAUGGUUUCGUAUUUACUCCUUAGAGUCCAGUAAUGGCUUUAUAGAGACUUUCGAGAGCUUUGUUUUCAAAUGUUAAUUCUCUUUCUUAUAUCAUUCAUAUUAAAGUAUGGACUCUAUGUUGUCUGAUGUUUUAAAAUCACCCGCCUUAUAGAAACGAAAUAUGCCAUUUUGUGAAAAUGCUGCUAUAAGAUAUAAAUUGUUUCACUUAACUGAAAAUAAUUAUAGUUUCAGUGUUUUGGUUGUGUUAGAUUGACCACCGAAGGGCUAAGAUUUUGAGUUUUAGAAAGAAGAUAAAUACAUUCUUUUAAAAUCAUAUUUAUUUUCAUGUUUUGAUAAUGACUAAAAAAGUUUAUUUUCAGUGUAAAAUUUAUUAACAAAGGAUAUAACAGAAACCUCAAAACAUUAAAGAUGUUAAAAUAUUAAUUUCUAGGUUAAUAGAUAAUAAAAACUGAGCCAUGGACAUAUAUAAUGUAGUUUGCCCAAAGAUCAUAGCAUUAUAAAACUCCUAAUACUACUGCCAAAAAUAUAUAAGGGCACAAUAAUGGGGGAAAAAAAAUCUGUAAAAACUUUCCAGUUCGUAACUUGAUUCUUUAGAAAUAUUUAAAUUAUCUUUUUUUUUCAAAUUUCCAUAAAACUUGUUCAGUAAAAUAAGACCACAGCCAAAGCAGAAGACCUAUAGCAAAGUGAAGAUUUUUCCAUGAAAACAUGACGCUUACAGAACAAUAAAGUGCCCUAGCAUCAGUGGGUAAGUGGUUUGAGGAAAGCCGAGUCAGGCCUUUUCAGUAGUAAUUUAUGGCACUGUUUCGUCUGUUUUCUUGCAAUUUCCUUCAAGCUUCAAGGCAGACCUACAGCUUUCAGAGUAUUAGACCAUCCUUUCCUAUGAACAUUAGACGUGUUCUCUGUUUGCAGAUUUGCAGGCCACAGAGAAACGAGCACAUAUAUCUAAGGUUCUCAGUGUCACUUUGUUAUAAACGUAACAUGUAAAUUUGAUUUUUCCUUAGUGCUAAUAAACAUUGUAAUAAUAUAUAAAAAGAAAAGUAAAGGAGAAAUAUGUAAGCUGCUAAGUAAAAAUAGCAAAACUGUUUUUUAAUGACCUCUUUAUAAAAUUUAGCAGGAGGUUAAGAAUAGAGUAGAAUUGCUUCAGCAAACAACAGAGUAUUGGCUUGCUCCUACGUACGUUGGUUCUCCAUUUGAGAAAUGAUCAAGCAUAAUCAUUGCAUUAUGUAUCUUUUCAAUGGAUUCAAGCUCUAGUUUCAGACGGACAAAAAUACAAUGCAUUCUUAAAUUUCAGGUAUAAUGAUUUAGACAAACAUGACAAAAUCAAAUAUUAAAGACUUCACCAAAUGUGAAUCACUAUCUGUGUGAUGCCGUUUUGUACAACUGAGAACUUCUACUCUUGCCUAAAUGUUCAGUUUAUCUGGGCAGCAGGAAUUCAGUUGUGUGAAAGUAGCUUGUGUUUCGGGAUUCCGUCACGACCCAGCAUUUUGUCAGAUAGGAAGUGGAAACACUCAGCUAUUCUCUAGUGUAACACGGGAGCAUCUGGUUUGACUGUUCCAUGUUCAACGUGUUAUCAAGUAUGAAAUACUGUGUAAAGCUAAGGUGUUGGGUGAGCUCCAGCAAUUUGUUUUAACUAGUUGGUGUAGAUUUGUUUCCCAUUUUUGUGUUUUAAGUUGUUUAAAAAAUUCUAAAAAAAAAAAGUUUCAUUGAAUCUGCUUUUAAAAAUCCCUAGAGAAGACAGCGAUGCAAUAUAGCCUUUUGUCAAUAAAUAUGUUUCAGAUGAGGACCACUUCUCUAAUAAUUGGCUCAUUAUGUACAGUAAUGCUUUGCUGCCAUUGCUAACGAAGGACAAUGAAUCAUCCUCCCUUGUUGGUGACUUAGAAUUAAAAAAAAAAAAAUAGACAAGGCUCCAUCUAAAAGGCAUCUGUUUCAAACUGGAAUUUUCAUCUUGUGUUCAAUUGGUCAGGUUAAAAACUUAAAAACACUGCUGUUUGAUUUCUGGUGUACCUCCAGCUAAAAAUAGCUCAAGGGAGAAACAGAAAUCCAUAGUCACAUGCUUUUCUUUGAGUGGAGUAAGAACCUUCUGUUUUUUAAUUAAGUGUAGUCACAGGUAGAUGAUGUAAUCUCAGAAAUGAUUAGACAUGUUCAAGGCAGUCUUUCACAUUUAUAAAAGUAGAUUGUGCAUAAAGAUUUAAACAUUUUCAAUGUUGUAAGCAUUACUAAAUGAUAUAAUUGUUCUUUUGCUGUAAAUUUAAAUAUUUAUACAUUUUUGUAGAAUUAAAGUAUGCCAAUUUAGUUUUCUUUUGGUAUGUGUUGUCGUUUUUCAAAAUAAAUUUUGCUAGUAUUUCAAACAGAUAUUUUCAGUAGUCCAUGAUCAUGU